UUAGUGUCUUGGCAGAGCUGUUACGUGAAAGGUGUAGUUUUCGUCAUUUUGUCCUUAAACCGUGCAACUGAGCGACUCCAUUGGAUUUAAUAUCAAAAUAUAUUCAAAGUGUUAAAUGUAGCUUGGCCAAAUUCAACAUAAAAAGGGAAGUGCAAAAAAGCAAAAAUUAAAAAAAAAAACUAAAAAACAAAGACCAACAAAAACUAAAAAAAAAUUAUUUUGGUUUCGGUUACAUUUUCACUGCUGCGGUGCGCCCAAAAUUGAAAAAAAAGGAAAUUAAAAGCUACCAGGAGGAAUUCGAGCGACACCGAAGAGAACGCAUAAAAAUAUUAAAAGGCAUUAGAUUGGAGCAUAUCUAUGUGCAUUUAGGCGUACAUACAUCUAUAUACAAACAUACAUACAUAUGAACAUUUGUACAUACAUAUGUACAUAUGUGCACACAAAAAAGCUAAUGUACAUACAUAUGUAUUAAUACAUAAAAAGCAUAGCAAAGCCGAGUUAAAAAGUUGCACAAAAGUGAAGAACAAAUCGACUGACAUCUUACAAGUAAAAUCAUACAUUGAAACUAAUGCGAAAUUAAAACAUAAAAACUAAGCGAAAACACUAAAAAAAAAUCAAUUUCAUAAAUAAAAUAAUUAUCGCAUACUCGUUAUUCUUGCAACUAAACUACGAAAAAAUCAAAUUGGGGAAGAAAUGAGUCAAGUAUUGUCUUAAUAAAACUAAAAUGCCAAGUAUCCAUAGGUAGUUGUGGGGCAACAAGAGAAAAUAUCACACCAGAGAGAGGCACAGAGAGAGAGAGAAGGAGAGCGUGUUGUACUACACACACAUAUACAAUAAGAGAGUGUGCUAUAGAAAUUUACGAAACUAAACCAAACGAUUGGGGAUCGAAAACAAAACAAAAAUCCCAGCUCGUUAAAGUGUAAGAAAGAAGCAGCAGCACCAACAGCCGCAGAACAAAACAAAAGUCAAAUCGUUGAGAAAGGGAAACGGAAAAUACCCCAUACAUUUGUCGGUCUUUCCUUCAUUUACUAAAACAGUGAUAGUGACAGGCACAUCCACAACGGCAACCACAGCGUGAAAGACUUCAGACACAACACACACAUACUACAAAAACGCAUACAAACACACAUACGCAUAUUUGUAUGCCUGUGCCAAGAAAUAUCCAAUAAACGGACUUGUAUCUACUGCACUGAUUAUAAAAUGAGUGCUGUUGUAAACUUAGACAACGCCAACAAGUUGUUUGUGUCAUCUACUACCAUAGUGAUACCUAAUACUAAUAAUAAUAAUAAUAAUAACGUUAUUGAAAAUAAACGAAUUAACAACAAUAAUGAUGGCGCCGCAAUCAUCGAGAUUGAUAACGCAAUCGUUGCCGAUAACGAACGGUUCAACAAAAUGGCAAAUUUCGAAGAUAUUGUGCAAAGAUGUCGCACCGCGUUCGCCAGUGGAAAAACAAAAGACGUGAAUUUCAGGCGUAAACAGUUAGAGAGCCUUUUAAAGAUGUAUGAGGACCAUGAAACUGAAAUGAUUCAAGCACUGGAUGCAGACUUGCGACGCCCCAAGCAAGAAAGUUUAGUUGUUGAAACAGAAUUUCUCAAGAACGAUAUCAAACACAUAUUAUAUAACCUUAAUGAUUGGGUAAAACCCGAAACACCUGAAAAAUCGUUGGUGAAUUUACUGGACGAUGUACAGAUCUUCAAUGAUCCCUAUGGUGUAGUUCUAGUGAUUGGUGCAUGGAAUUAUCCACUACAACUGCUACUUGUGCCAGUGGCAUCGGCUAUAGCUGCAGGAAAUUGCGUCGUAAUCAAGCCAAGUGAAAUUUCCACCAACUGUGCUAAAUUCGUUACAGAAAUGGUACCAAAAUAUUUAGACAACGAUUGCUAUCCAGUUGUAUGUGGGGGACCCACGGAAACCGCUGAAUUGUUGAAACAACGUUUUGACUACAUUUUCUACACUGGCUCCACAAGAGUGGGUAAAAUAAUACAUGCUGCUGCCAAUAAGUAUCUAACGCCAGUAACUUUAGAAUUGGGCGGCAAAAGUCCCUGCUAUAUUGACAAAUCAGUUGAAUUGCGCACAGCUGCUAAACGCAUACUUUGGGGUAAACUUAUCAAUUGUGGUCAAACGUGCAUUGCACCCGAUUAUGUGCUGUGCUCGAAGGAAAUCCAAGAUAGGUUCAUUGCCGAGGCAAAAGAAGUGCUCAAAGAGUGGUAUGGCGAGGAUAUCAAAAGCAGUCCGGAUCUCAGUCGUAUUAUUAAUCAUAAUAAUUUUCAACGCUUACUUGGACUGAUGAAGAGCGGCAAAGUUGCUGUCGGUGGAAAUUAUGAUGCUUCUGAACGAUAUAUUGAGCCAACCAUACUAACUGAUGUCAAAACUGACGACCCCAUUAUGCAAGAGGAAAUAUUCGGACCGCUUUUGCCAAUUUUCACAGUAGAAAAUGCCUACGAUGCAAUUAAAUUCAUCAAUUCCAGAGAAGCACCACUUUGCGCGUAUAUAUUCACAGCGGACGCUGCGGUACAAAAUUUAUUUAAACGCGACAUCCAAUCGGGCGGAAUGUGUAUGAAUGAAACUAUAAUGCAUUAUGCUGUCGAUACAUUGCCUUUUGGCGGCGUUGGAUCUAGUGGCAUGGGACGCUAUCACGGUAAAUAUGGAUUUGAAACAUUCACACAUAAGAAAUCGUGCCUUGGAAAGGAUUUAAAUCCAUUGGGCGAACUCUUGGCAUCUGGUCGUUAUCCGCCUUAUUCAGAUCGUAAAUCUUCGCUAUUGGGUUUUCUGCUGCGCAAACGUCGGCCCUUUCCGAAAAUAUACCUGUCACAUUUAUUAGCCGUGGGACUGGGUAUUGGCAUCACAGUACUUUUUACUCAUUAUUUACAGGCGAUAAAAGGAAAAUUAUUUUCACGAUAAUAUCGCUCUUCCUAUGGCCGAUUUACAUAUGUACAUGCAUUAUAUUGAUCAACACAUUCACCAUACAAGCUUUGAUGGUUUUGCUUAUAUACAUAUAUACAUACAUAUUUAUGUACGAGUGGGCUUUUCGAUGAUCAGCAUCUCAUCGUGGUGGUGUCUUAAACUGGUACAUACAUGUAUACAACUGUGUCUAUGUUUUUUCCAAGGCGCUCCAGCACAUUAAUAUACUUAUAAUUACUCAAUAAGCUAUAGUUUGCACCUUAAUUCACGAAAAUCCUUUCUAUAUCAACUUAGUACACAUUUAUUCAUUAAUUAAAUAUAACCUAUAAAAAUCUAUUAAAAUGAAUGUAUUUGCAAACAUAAAAUACUACAUAAAACACAAUCUGUGGAAGUUUUUGUUUUGUAUUUGCACUAAAUGCAUAAAUCCUAAAAGUAGAGCUAAAAUUUAUCGCAUACAUACAUAUAUAAAUUGUAUUUACUUACAAAUAUUUUUAUUAUCCUUUUGCAGAGUGGUAACGAUAAGAAAUGAUUGUUCAUUAAGAAAACUUAGUUAUACUAUCAAAUGCUGAAUGUGAAAUAAGCAGGUCGUUGACUUGAAAUAUGUACAUACAUAUAUGUAUUUCUAAAAAUGUUAUUUAAUAUAUAUUGUAAACUUAUUUUAUAUGUAAUAAAAAUAAAUAAAA